UAAAAAACCAAGCCCUUUACAAUUUUCUUUACUGAACCACAGGCUAACUACGAGAUCGAAGCAUUGAAUGGCACACGAGUGAGUAUAGGAGAAGGACCACAUUGGAAGUACCCGAAUUUAUACUAUGUCGACAUGGGUACUGGUGAAGUGGCGCGAUAUGAUUCCAUAACCGGGAGGACUCACAAAUGUCAAAUAACAAAUCACCGACGAGUUUCCUUUAUUAUACCAUAUAAAAACUCCGACAAUCUAUUUGCUGUUGGUCUCAAUCGUCUUGCCGCACAGAUUUACUGGGAUGGCUACGCCACGAAGUGUCACGUCGUUAAGAGGCUGUUUGAAGUUGAGACAGAGAAUCCAAGUGGCGUCAACAAAUGCCUAAACGACGCGAAAUGUGAUGCCAAAGGACGCCUCUUUACCGGCACUGUUAAUUGUGAUUUCGUCACUACGGGCGUUAGUGAUCGAAAUUUGUAUAAAUUCGCUAACGGUAAACUAGAACGGAUUUUAGCUAAUGUGAAUCUCUCGAAUGGCAUGGCAUGGAAUUAUAAACGCAGAGAGUACUAUUACGUGGAUAGUGGCAGAAAUGAUAUCAGGCGCUUCGAAUACGAUUUGAAAACUGGGCGUGCAGUGAAUCCAAAAGUCGUUUUUCACCUGGAUCUAAGUGAGUUCCCACCCAAUAACAGCGGUUGGAUUGUCAUGGACGGCAUGACCAUUGACACGUCUGGUUAUCUCUACGUUGUUGUACACGGCAGCACCAAAAUAUUAAAAAUUUGCACCAGGAAAUGGAGAAUAAUCCAACGCAUUGAAAUACCUUGCAGUUCAAUAUCGUCUGCGACCUUUGGCGGCGCCCAGUACAAUGAACUUUAUGUGACAUCUGUAGAUUCGGGAAAUGCAACAACAUCUUGUGGCGAGAUCUUUCGAAUUAAGGGUCUCAACGCACGCGGCGAGCUCAAUGAACCGAUAAAUUUGUAAUGCACAAAAAAUGAAAUCGAUUACGAGAUUAUUAAAGCAAUACGAAAGUAUAGAUGAAUGUUACGUUAUGUACUACGAGGUAUGACGAUUAAGUAAUGAGACUGAUUCCAUAAAAAGCGUAUAUUUGAAAAUUAUUCUACAACUCUGCCAUCCCCUUCAAAGUAGUCCCCUUGGGGAGCUAUACAGCGAUUCCAGCGCGUUUUCCAUGCUUCGUAACAUUUCUGAAACUCUUCGACUGGGAUGUCCGCGAGUACCAUCGUCACGGCCGCCUUGAUGUCCGUAAUCGACUCAAAAUGGG